UAUCUAUCUCUUUCCUCCAGUCAAGUUUUUCUUUUGUCCUUGUUGUUACUUUUUGUCGUUAGGUAUACUUCAUGAUUGGACUUUUAUUUUUAUUGCCAUGUCUUUUCUGUCUUAUUAUUUCUACGACUCUUUACUCCUUUUACUCUUUUUACUCUUUUUACUCUUUUUUUUACUCUUUUAUCACUCUCUUCUCAUGAUUUUAUUACUAUUUUAUUACUAUUUUAUUACUCUUUUUUCUCUCUCUUUCUCUUUCUCUUUCUCUUUCUCUUUCUCUUUCUCUUUCUCUCUCUCAUGUAUUCUCACGCUUUCUCUCUAUUCUUUAUUGCGCCUUUCUUAUGUUGUGUUAUAUAUCCAGUGUAUCCAUUCUAUCCAGACCUCAAGUAUAUAGUGUAGUUAUAUUAUAUUAUAUUAUAUCAUAUUCUUUCUCUCAGCCCCAGCCUUUGCCUCCACCCAAUCCAGCAAAAAACACUCCAAAAGAGCAUUUCGGUGGGCGUUCUCGUUUCUACUCGCAUUGCAGU